CUGGCUCGGGCAUCUGUUUGCCCUCCCACCACCACCAUCUCCCUCCUGUCCCUUUGGUCAGGUUAUAACCCCCUCCUGACCACAUCCCCCCCUCCGUUUAGAUAACAAUGCUCACAAGGAUCGCCGUCUCCCGCCUACCGAGGCACGCUUCCCGCGCACUUAUCCAUUCCUCAGCACGCAGGCAUGCUCUUUCUAAAUUCCUCAUGCCCGCUAUGUCACCUACCAUGACCGAGGGCGGCAUUGCUGCCUGGAAAAAGAAGGAAGGCGAGGGGUACGCUGCUGGAGACGUCUUGUUGGAGAUUGAAACCGACAAAGCCACAAUGGACGUCGAAGCCCAAGACGACGGUGUCCUGGGCAAAAUCAUCGUCCCUGACGGCUCAAAAGGCGUCGCGGUCGGCACGCCUAUCGCUAUCGUAGGAGAGGAAGGUGACGACCUCUCGGGAGCGGAGAAGCUCGCUGCGGAGGCUGCUGCUGCCGGGACUGCUAAGGCUGCUGCGCCCAAGCCCGACGCGCCGAAGGAGGCUGCUCCUCCUCCCGCUCCGGUGCCGGAGGCUCCCAAGCCCGAGCCCGCUGCCCCAGCCAAGGCAGAGACCCAGUUCUCCGGAGGCCCGAUCCUCGCUAGCCCGAUUGCGAAGCGCCUCGCUUUGGAGAAAGGUAUCCCCCUGCGGCAGAUCAAGGGUUCCGGACCUGGGGGUAGGAUCGUCAAAGCCGAUGUGGAGAGUUAUCAGCCUCCUGCUCCGGCUGCGGCUCCAUCGCCCACUGCUGCUCCUGACCCUGCCGCGGCGGCGGCGGCCAAGGCCCCAGCACCGGAGGGCGAGUACAUCGAUAUCCCCCUCACGACGAUGCGUACCGUCAUCGGCCGCCGGCUGCUGGAAGCGAAGACCACCGUCCCGCACUACUACCUCACCGUAGCGAUCAACAUGGACAAAGUGCUUGCCCUGCGCGAAGUGUUCAAUGCUGCUUCGGCAGCCGCGGCUGCCAAGGCUGGCGAGGGCGCGCCCAAGCCCAACAAGCUUAGCGUGAACGAUUUCAUCGUUAAGGCAUGUGCGCUCGCCUUGGCCGAAGUGCCCGAAGCGAACAGCGGCUGGAUGGGCGACUUUAUCCGGCAGUACAAGAAAGCCGACAUCUCCGUCGCAGUCGCGACGCCCAACGGGCUCAUCACGCCCAUAAUCAAGGACGCCGGCGGCAAAGGUCUGACUACCAUCUCGACUGAAACGAAAGCCCUAGCGAAAAAAGCGCGGGACGGCAAGCUCCAGCCCGAAGAAUACCAAGGUGGCUCAUUCACCAUCUCCAAUCUGGGCAUGUACGACAUCCAAGUCUUCAGCGCCAUCAUCAACCCGCCCCAAUCAUGUAUCCUCGCUAUAGGAUCUACGACGCCCACGCUCGUCCCCGCGCCUGAGGAAGAGAAGGGGUUCAAGACGGUCCAGAUAAUGCAAGCGACGCUCAGCUCGGAUCAUAGGAGUGUGGACGGAGCGGUGGGCGCAAAAUGGCUCGCAGCGCUCAAACGGUAUUUGGAAAACCCGCUUACGUUUAUGCUCUGAGCGGGGCGUGGGCGACGCACCCGGGGGAGGGAGUACGGGGAGUACGCCUAGUGGGGAGUGUGGCGGCGGGAUAGUAUAUAGCCAAAAUUUAUUCAGCCCUAGUUGUUUUCCC